AUCCAUCUCAGUCAAGGCACGAAAUCCCUCAGCUGAAAUAUGACAUGGUGUUUGACGACUGGUGAUACAAGAAGGAGAUAGGUAAUCCUCGAAUAACCCUAAUAGAGCAGGAGAUUAAAUACAAGCUACUCUUAAAGAUGAGAAAGGAACUCAGCCAGGAAAUCUCAACAAAAUAGAGAUCUUCACAAUAAAGAGACCAGAGGUAGGGCCAAGAAAAUGGAAAAAUGGCUCACAAGGAAAAAGCGUGAGUUGUCCCAGAAAUAAAAAGAUGCAGAAAUCUACAAAUGCUUUGAAGAGAAUACAAGACCGAGACAGAAAGGAAAUGAACAAGAAAGCUUUCAACAAAUGGCUCAGGAAGUCAAUGGGAGACCUAAAGCUAGAGAGACGGAAGACGAAAGAGAUUCAAAGAGAGAAGCAGAAUGACAAUCUUGAACGUCAACAGGAACAGAAGAAAAUUCAAAGUGAAAUAGCAUUCAAGCAAUGGGUUAAAGGCAAACGUAUUCAGAAGAGUAAGGAAAAGAAAGUAAAUCGAGAUUUGUCUCAAUAAAAAUCUCUCAAAGGAAAGCUG